AUGCCUGCCUACAACUCCGUCUUCAACUCGGAGCCCGACCCGCGCCUCAUCGGCAACUUCCCCCUCCUCCCACUACGCACCAAGGUCCGCGGACCGGCCUACACGCUGCCGCUGCCCAGCCCGCCGCUGCCCGCGUCCGAGUCGCCCGACCCUGACUCGGAGAGCUACGACAUCCUCGACGAGGUCAUCUCGCUCUUCCGCGCCAACACUUUUUUCCGCAACUUUGAGAUUCAGGGCCCCGCAGACCGCCUGCUCAUCUACGGCAUCUGGUUUCUCAGCGACUGCCUGACCAAGAUCAAGCCCAACGCCACGGUGCGCGAUGCGCAAAAGGAGGUGAUGAACCUGGCGUUGGACCUGCACUUUGCGCUGCCGGGCGAUCCGGCGUGGCCUCUGAACCAGAUGUAUGAACCGCCUCGCGAUCGACAGGACGCUGAGCAGCUCCGCCAGUACAUGGCCCAGAUCCGCCAGGAGCUUGCCAUUCGCAUACUUGCACGUGUCUAUGAGGAAGACGACGCCAAGCCUAGCAAGUGGUGGUUGAGCUUUACAAAGAGAAAGUUUAUGGGCAAGGCGCUAUAA